AGCAUGAUCUUUAUUACUAUAUAUUUUUUCAACCUCAAUCCGUGGCUUACAAGCUUAAGAAACGAAUUUCGUUAUAUAAAACAAAUUAUAUCAAGUAGCUAAGUCAACUAACUAGCAAGCUGUCUAUGAUCAAGAACAGCAGAAUUUGAGACAACCAUGUUCCCCACAUGUUUGCUUAACCUAUAAAUUUCACAAAUAUUUAUAAUCACUUGUGCCUAUUUCUUUACACCAACAACUUGUGCCACACAACCAAAAUAGGAUGGGAAAAAACGAUGACAAUGAUUAUGAUUGGGAUAAAGAAGUGGCGGAGUUCGAGAAAUCCAAAGGCGGCGUGAAGGGCCUCGUUGACUCCGGGAUCACCAAGGUCCCGCGGUUCUUCAUCAGCCCGCCUGAGCCCGACGCGGAAGCCGCGCCCCGUCCGGACGCCCCGAUCCCCACCAUAGACUUGGAGGGCGUCCGGGCGGAAACUAUCGGUGAGAUUCGAAGCGCAUCACGGACGUGGGGAUUCUUUCAAGUGGUCAACCACGGAAUCCCCGCGGCCGUGAUGGACGCCGUGCUCCGUGGCACGCGGGGCCUUCACGAGCAACCCAAGGAGGCGAAGCAAGGGCUGUACACCUCCGACGGCAGCGCCGACGUGAGGUUCUACACCAUAAACGCGCGGCUCGAGGAGGGCAACGCGGCGAGCUGGAGGGACGCGUUCGCUUGCAAGUUCACCGACGGCGCCAUCGACCCGGAGCUGGUCCCCCCGGUGUGCAGGGAUGAGAUAAUGGAGUACAUGAAACAUAUGGUGAAAGUGAGGGAUGUGUUGUCGGAGCUGCUGUCGGAGGCGUUAGGGGCGAGGAAGGAGCUGUUGGCGGAGAUGCAGUGCAUGGAGAGUGAAUAUCUCACGUGCCUCUAUUAUCCGGCGUCUCCCGAGCCGGAUAAGAGCUUGGGCACGGUGGAGCACUCCGAUCCAACGGUUCUCACCGUGUUACUGCAGGACGACACCGGCGGCCUGCAGAUCAAACACGACGGCCGUUGGAUCGACGUGCCGCCCGUGCCCGGAGCUCUCAUUGUCAACAUUGGGGAUUUCCUCCAGCUGAUGAGCAAUGACAAGUUGAUGAGCGUGGAGCAUAGAGUGCUGUGUAGGUCGAGAGGGAGCCGAGUUUCUGUUGCAUGCUUCUUCUUUCCUCGUGCUCAACAAAUGACUAACAUUUAUGGGCCUAUUAAACAAGUCGUGUCACCAAAUAAUCCUGCUCUUUAUAAGCAAGUUAACUAUAUUGAUUUUGUCACACACUACCAAAAGAGAAGCUCACGAGGUGGCCAUUCUGCUCUUGCAAAUUACAAACUCAUUGAUUCGUUGGUUAAUUUGUCGUAAAUUAUUUGUUUCGUUGUGAAAAUUUGUACAUCCUUUUGUUCUUUCUUCAUCAUUUGUUCGUUUUUAGUUGUUGUUUGUUUGGAUUGGAAAAGGCAAUUGAUUUAUGAUAAUAAAGGGGUUGGUUGGUCUACAA